GGAAGCAAUAGUGGUUCUUCUUCUUUCUUGAUAUCUGGAGAAAGGGCAAGUAAAAAUGUAAAUGGCGAAUCUUAUGCAGCUGCGGGAGCGCGCUCGAGAAUUCAGAUCGAUAACUUGUCAAAGAAAAGAGCAGAUAGCGGUACUCCAGGAACAGUGAGUACACUGAGACGACGACCGUCUAAGAGAAGUGCCGUUUCGAAUGAGGGACCAGCGUCUCCGACGAGACGAUCUUCUUUCGGUGCAUCUUCUGUAGAGCUCACCGCGGGCCACUUCUUUGUGCCGCGACGCAACCGUAGACUCUCAGAACUCCUGCGCCAAGUACCACUCCCAGGGAAGAGCACGUCUAGUACUGGUAAUAUUGUCGACCAUUCUACUUCUAGAACUACAGAAAGGACGUCUUCAAGCAGUGCUGCAGGAGAAGUGGGGACCGCUCCUACAAGCACUGCAGGUGGAGCAGGUGCUCGCGCGUCAGAAUCUCGUUUGAGUUCUUCUGGCGCGGCUAUGGUUCCGAAUAAUCAUCAACCCAAUUCAGCCUCUACUUCAGCAGAGCAGUCGCGCCAGGGCUUUUUCUGUAGGUGGUUGAACGAAACCGAUGAGCUCCCAAGCAUUGCCCCGCUGUCGUGUCUCGGACCUUUUCCUUUGCAUUUACGGAGUGAGGAACAGAUGGAAGACCUUUCUUCAUCUGCCACGGCUCCAGCAUCUUCAGGGUUCGGCGACUCCUUUUCUCUGCUGAUCGAGCAGGACAGUAAAUUCACAAGCGAAGACGAUAACCAGCAUGAGCCUUUUAGUCGCACGAAGAGGAGAGGCAAUCAAGAUGAACCUGGUAGAAGUUUCAACUCUAAUCACGAAGACCUUGAACAAGACAAAGACACCAUUGACGCCAAUCAGAAUGAAGAUCACGGCCAUUACCAUGAAGGUCAAGUAGAUCACAGCAAAGAGGAUAAUCUUGAUGUUGGAGAGCAGGACGAUGGAAGUUUACUCGAUUCGAAUGAGGCGACUACAGCAAAUUCAGGC